AUGUCUAGUCGACACUCACGAAAUCUUAGUGCAUCACUUUAUGUUCGUGGUCUAGCAGAAAGAGUUCGUUAUGACGAUUUGAAGAAAAUCUUUGGGCGAUAUGGACGUAUUGUUGAUAUAACACUUCCAUUGGAUUAUUAUACACGUGAUGCUAAAGGAUUUGGUUUUGUUGAAUAUGAAGAAAGUCGUGAUGCUGAAGAAGCCCUUCAUGCUCUUGAUCGUUAUCGAUUAUUCGGUCGAGAACUUGAAGUUGAAUUUGCACGAGGAGAUCGUAAAACACCAUCGGAAAUGAGAGCACGAGAAAAAGAAGCACGUUAUGGUGGGCGAGGUGGUGAUCCUAGUCGACGUGAUCGAUCACGAAGUCGUGAUCGACGUCCCCGAAGUGCUUCACCAGUAAGUAGAGAUCGACGUCGAGGUGGUAGUCGAUCUCGUUCACCAUAUUCACGUUCACCGAUACCAACAAGACGAGGUGGUAGUCGUUCACAUUCGAAAUCAAAUUCACCAAGUUAUGGUAAACGAAAUGGUGGUAGUGCUGCUGGUAACACCAGUGGCGGUCGUCGUGGAAGUCGAUCACGAUCACCGGGAGAUAAUUAA